CGCCUGUAAGCGGCAGGCCCGGUGUGCACAGUCUAAGCCGAGUGCAAUUUCAAUGCUGGGAGGACGCGCCGGAUGUGCACGUGAGAUGAAGAGAACCUAACUGGCCGCCUCGUCCACAGAGAUCAGAUAACCUCCCGUGCUGCACCAUGGAUUAGAGCCCCCCCCACCCCACCCCCCAACAUCAGGAGAUCAAAGGUGGCUGUGACAGGGGCACCCCCGGGGCAGGACCCAUGAGGAGUCAAAGAAGAUGCUCACAGCCUGGGCACUUCUGCUCUUCUUAGCCAUGUGGGUGACAAACACCUCUGCUGGGCCGCUCUCCUUCAGAAUAGCUGCCAUCCUCGAUGACCCCAUGGAGUGCAGCAGAGGAGAGCGUUUGGCCAUCACACUGGCCAAAGAUAGCAUCAACCGGAACAGCAACCGCUCCACCACUGGCAAGCUGGAGGUGGACAUCUUUGAACUACUGAGAGACAGCGAGUAUGAGAUGGGCGAGACAAUGUGCCAGAUUAUGUCUAAAGGCGUGGUGGCAGUCCUCGGCCCCUCUGCCAGUCCGGCCUCGAACUCCAUCAUCAGUAAUAUCUGCGGUGAGAAGGAGGUGCCCUAUGUCAAGGUCGCCCCUGAAGACAUCCUGAAGGUCCAGUUCCCGCGGUUCACAACGCUGGACCUGAGGCCGACCAACACAGACAUCAGCAUGGCCGUGGCCGGCAUCCUCACCUUCUUUAACAGCACCACCUCCUGCCUGAUCUGUGCGCAGCCUGACUGUUUAUUGAACCUGGAGCAGCUCCUCCGGCAGUUUCUUAUCUCCAAGGAGACGUUGUCAGUGCGCAUGCUUGAUGACAGUCAGGAUCCGACUCCACUGCUAAAGGAGAUACGAGAUGACAAGACUGCCAUGAUUAUAGUAGAUGCCAACGCCACGAUGUCCCACAUCAUUUUGGAACGGGCGUCAGAGCUGGGAAUGCUGUCAGUCUACUAUACUUACAUCUUCACCUCUCUGGAAUUCUCUCUGCUUCGACUGGAUGACGUGGCAGACCAGCGCGUCAACAUACUUGGGUUUUCAGUCUUCAACAGCACUCAUCCCUUCUUCCAGGAUUUUGUGCUCAGCCUCAACCGGUCCUGGCAGGAGAACUGUGACCAUGCGCCCUUCGCUGGCACGCCACUUUCUUCAGCGCUCCUCUUUGAUGCUGUGUUCACGGUGGUGGCAGCAGUCCAGGAGUUAAACCGAAGCCAGAACGUUGGUGCCACUCAGCUCUCUUGCAAGUCAUCCAAAAUCUGGGAGCAUGGCACCAGCCUCAUGAAUUAUCUAAGGAUGGUAGAAUUGGAAGGUCUAACGGGCCACAUUGAGUUUAACAGCAAAGGUCAGAGAUCCAACUACGCCCUGAGGAUCAUGCAGAACAGCAAGGACGGACUCAGGCAGAUUGGCCUGUGGCAUUCUGAAGAUGGACUGUCCAUGGAGAGGAAGCUUCCAUCAAUCAAUGUGACAGACACCCUCUUCAACACCACUCUCACCAUCACCACAAUAUUAGAGAAUCCGUAUGUGAUGCUGCGGAAGAACUAUCAGGAACUGGAGGGGAAUGAGCGCUACGAAGGCUUCUGUGUGGACAUGUUAAAAGAGCUGGCAGACAUACUCAAGUUCAAAUAUCGCAUCCGGCUAGUGGGAGAUGGACUCUAUGGAGUUCCUGGAGCAAACGGAACAUGGACCGGCAUGGUUGGAGAGCUCAUCUCAAGGAAAGCCGACCUGGCAGUCGCAGGCCUCACAAUCACAGCGGAGCGUGAAAAGGUCAUUGACUUCUCCAAGCCCUUCAUGACCCUUGGCAUCAGCAUCAUGUACCGCGUCCACCUGGGACGAAGGCCGGGCUACUUCUCCUUCCUGGAUCCUUUCUCUCCUGGUGUUUGGCUCUUCAUGCUUCUGGCCUAUUUGGCUGUCAGCUGCAUCCUCUUUUUGGUGGCCAGACUGACGCCGUACGAGUGGUAUAACCCCCAUCCCUGUAUAAACGGUCGCUGUAACCUGCUGAUAAACCAGUACUCGCUUGGUAACAGUUUCUGGUUCCCAGUUGGAGGCUUCAUGCAGCAAGGCUCCACCAUCGCCCCCAGAGCGUUGUCCACACGUUGUGUCAGCGGAGUCUGGUGGGCCUUCACAUUAAUCAUUAUCUCAUCCUACACCGCCAACCUGGCUGCUUUCUUAACAGUCCAGAGGAUGGAGGUGCCCAUCGAGUCCGUGGAUGAUCUGGCAGAUCAGACUGCUAUAGAAUAUGGCACAAUGCACGGAGGAUCCACAAUGACCUUCUUUCAGAACUCUCGCUAUCAGACUUACCAACGAAUGUGGAACUUCAUGCACUCAAAGCAGCCCAGUGUGUUUGUAAAAAGCACCGAAGAGGGGAUCGCCCGUGUCCUUAAAUCUAACUACGCCUACUUGCUGGAGAGCACCAUGAACGAGUACUACCGCCAGAGGAACUGUAACCUGACGCAGAUUGGUGGGCUGCUGGACACGAAGGGCUACGGCAUCGGCAUGCCACUGGGGUCAGUGUACCGUGAUGAGUUUGACCUGGCCAUCCUCAAACUGCAGGAGGACAAUCGUUUGGAGAUCCUCAAGAGGAAGUGGUGGGAUGGUGGCAAGUGUCCAAAGGAGGAGGAUCACCGUGCCAAAGGUCUGGGUAUGGAAAACAUCGGUGGUAUUUUUGUAGUGCUGGUGUGUGGCCUGCUGGUGGCAAUCUUCAUGGCAGUGGUGGAGUUUGUGUGGAUGUUGAGACAGACACCAGGAACUGAGCAGUCCGUAUGCGAGGAGAUGAUGCGGGAGCUCCAGGGGAUCGUCUUCUGUCAUGACAGUCUGCAGGUGCGGCGCCGGCGAGCGUCUUCCAUGCUGCGGCAACGCCCCCUGCCGCUGGAGGAACGCCGGGCGCGAGCUGCGGCCGUGAGCCUCAGCAACGGUAAGCUGUGCGGGGGCACCGGACUGCCCGAACCCCUUUCCCACAGACUGGCACAGGAGGCCGCCCUCGUUGCGAGGGGAUGCAGCCACAUCCGCAUUUGCCCAGAAUGUCGACGCUUUCAGGGACUGAGGAUGCGCCCUGGAGCUGCCGCCGCCAGGGCCCUGCCUUCUCCCACGCAUAGCGAGGAGAGCAUAGAGUGGGACAAGACCACAAACAGCAGUGAACCUGAAUAACGCCCAUCCAGUCCAAAAUACUCACACGGGACUGUUUCCCAGCAGCCCAGGGAUUUUCCAGGGAUCAAAGGUCGUGUGUUUUUCAAUUCAGCCAUCCGGAGCUUAAUUUGGGUAGACUGGACAAUUCCAUGGACGGCGUUAUGCCUCAGAGGCAUCAGGAAGCAGUCAAUUUUGGAAUCUGCUUGAGUACAUUUUUCCUUAGUCACAGGAAAAACUGAUGAGUCAUGUCUUGUUACGGUCUGUCCCCAUUGGUCUUCUGCUCUAUGUGAAACAGGACAGACAGCUAGGGGGCCUUUUGUACUAUGCAGUAUUUUAAGUUUUUAAUCAUUGUGCUCUUUUACUUUCUUUAUAAAUUAUUUCUGUCCUCUGUCAGGUUAUAAAUAUUGAUAUUCUAUUGUUCUUUGG